AUGUGUAGCUUCAGGCUUCGAUCUCCAUCCCUACGGGGAAUCCCAGUUCAUCGUCCAUUAUCCACGCUCCGCGGCAGAAGCACACACCGUGGCCCACGCAACAGCAUUAUCAGACCAGGGAGAACAUCGCAACCGAAAAGUCCGGCGCAUGCGCCAGAACAGCUAGGCACAACAAUCUCGGAGGCUCAGGAUGCACUGAGUUCAACCUAUGAUCCCGCGCAAAAUACCCUACUCUCCCCAGUCUACCUUCCCGAGGACCCCAAUGGCGUUUUGAAAGAGGACCAUCCAGCUGCAAAUCUGCUAGCUAAUUCUGGACUUGUGGUCCAACGACAAUUGGAAAUGAUGAAUGUCAUGAUUGGUUUCGAACAGGCGAACAAGUACGUCAUUAUGGAUGCGCAGGGCAAUCAUAUUGGAUAUAUGGCAGAACAAGAAAAAGGAAUGGCAAAUGCUAUGGCGCGUCAAUGGUUUCGCACGCAUCGGAGCUUCGUGACGCAUGUGUUCGAUCGGCAUGAGAACGAGGUGCUUCGGUUCAAUCGUCCAUUCUCAUGGAUCAAUUCUCGAAUUCGAGUUUACGACCCUCUUGAUAUUUCCUCAAACAACUACACAUCCUCGACCUCUCUCCACACAACCACCCCGGGCUCUCUAGUCCAAGCCGACAUUUCUUCCAAUGCUCGCGUAUCACCACUUGGACUUGAUGAGAUGCGAGUCGUUGGCGAGGCACAACAACAAUGGGCGCCGCUGCGACGGAAAUACAACCUCUUUACGUAUCACCAAUCUCCCAACUCCGAUACCGAUAUGGGCACCCACAAGUUCCCCCUUACAGGUUCGAAUCUCUCCAAGUCCCAGCAAAUACAACUCGCACAAGCCUCCAAACAAGGUCAGGGUGAAUUCAACCAAUUUGCCUACGUUGAUGAACCAUUCCUCUCUUGGGACUUUUCUCUCCGUUCAGCGGAAAAUCGGUUGAUUGGAUCCGUUAACCGCAACUUCGCUGGAUUUGCCCGCGAAAUUUUUACUGACACAGGUGUCUAUGCGCUGAGGAUGGACUCCGCAGCGUCUGUCAACGAGUCUUCUUCACUCCAAACAGACUCGUUCUCUGGAAUGACGCUUGAUCAACGAGCGGUGAUGCUUGCCACAGCGGUCACCGUCGAUUUUGACUAUUUCAGCCGCCACAGCGGAUCGGGUGGGUUUGGAUUUAUGCCAUUUUGGUUCCCUGGAUUCGGCGGAGGUGCUGCUGCUGGUGAAGCCGCUGGUGCUGCUGGCGGUGCCGCAGCUGGAGAAGCUGGAGCAAUGACUGAAUCAGCAGCAGGUGCUAUCGGGCGAGCGGGCGCCGCUGGCGGCGUGACAGAUGGCAUCGCUGCUGGAGCGGCGGGCGCUGGUGCGAUGGCUGGGUAUGAAGCUAUGCAGAGAGGAUUGUCGGGCUCUCAAAGCUCCCAAACACCGGGAUCAGAUCAGCCCGGGAUGCCUCCAUCUGACCAACAACAGCCAGAUCAGCCAGGUGCCUCCGAAGAUGUAUGGUCGGAGAGCGCGCAGGAUCCAUGGGCUCAAGAGGACCAAUUCGAAGAUCCUUGGAGUGACGGAGGAUCUGAAGGAGGUGGAGAUGAUUUCGAUUGGUUUUAA